CCCGAAACAAAAACCUCUCUCUCCACAAGUGCAUAAUAACGUGCCCUUUCCUCCCUCUCACUCCAAAAAUAAAAUAAAAAUAACCUUGGCUGUUGAAAUAUAAAACAAACGCCAUGACCACGUCGAAUUAUACCCUAAAGGUAAACAGAGAGCUGUUGGACCCAAACUUCGAGAGUUACCGGCUAUCCUUGGACGUCAUACCGACGUACAACGUUGAGCUGGACGCUGCCGUGGAAGAGGUGGCGUUGAAGGAUUGCCAGUACACGCUGGAGCACAUGCGUGCGUUUGGCAUGUACAAUUACCUCCACUUGGACCCCUGGUACCAAGACAGCGUGUUAUUUGUGGACUGCAAAGGGCGAGUGCUCAGUCUCACCGUCACUUUGGACACAGUGCUGGGCAAGCCAAGAGAGGUAUUUCGCCUACCACCCGAAUGGAACCAACGCGAAGACCGCGUGUGCCCCUCCCUCAACCUCACGUCGGCCACCUGGGCCGCCCUCUCUGACGGCGCCGGGCGACUCUACCUGCUUCGUACCAGCAAACGGGGAGACAGUACCCAUGGAAAGUGGGAGCCGCUGUUCACAGAAGACCUGGGCGAGCCCUUCAUUGUCCUCCACAGCCUGGCCCACGUCCAGGCGGGCACCCACACACUGGAGGUCCUGCUGCUGCGUGUCGUCAAGGACACUCAGGAAACAGCGGGAAGUGGAUACUCGGUGACACUUGAGUGGAUCACGGUCACCAACGCGGCAGGGCAAGGCGUGGAAAAGAAUUACAAAGUGAAGAAGAGGUGCCUCCUCCAAGGAAAGUCGGUGCCUCAUUACGCCGCAGUGACGCCUCGGGGCGACGGUCUGAUGGUGGCGUCAGAGAGGCCAUUCGACUUCACGCACGUGGACGGCAAGCCCCUCAAGCAGCCGCAGUCGGCGGCGGAUGAACAAGCUAUGGAGGUGGAGAAGGCAGAUCCCGUCUACUUCUGGCAGCAGACGUCAGACGACAUCACGGCCAACGUGCGUCUGCCUGAGGGCGUGACCAAGGACGCAGUCCAGUUCCGGCUGACGGCGGACUCCAUGAGCGUCGGCGUGCGGGGAUUCGCCCCCCUGCUGGAGGGCCAGCUGUACGCCUCCGUAGACCCCGAGGCCUGUGCCUGGAUCCUCAGGGAUGACAAAAGCCUGGAAGUGAGUCUGCAGAAGCGCACGGAAGGUCCCAUGUGGCCCGAGCUGGUGAUGGGUGACCGUCGAGGGGAGCACGUGAUGAGCGAUGAGCAGGCUGCCCUCGUCCAGGAGAGGCUCACCCACCUGACCUCAGCGGACGUGCACGCUAAUCCCGACCUGGACAAGCCGGCCUGCAACUCCCAGGGACUCGAGGACUGCGACGGCUAUCCUGAGGACACCUCCAGCCUGGUGCACUUUGACGGCGAGUCGCUGAAGGCCACUCAGGUGGUGAACCUGGGCAGCCAUCAGUACCUCUUCACCGUCACCGUGGACCCGGCCCAGAUGCCGUGUAUGUGCCUCCGUCACGACGUGGACGCCCUGCUGUGGCAGCCGCGGCCUGACCGGCCCGCCGACAUGUGGGAGCACGUCGCCACCUUCAACGCCCUGGGCUACGUGCAGGCAUCCAAGCGGGACAAGAAGUUCUCCACGUGCGCCCCUAACUACUCAUACGCAUCGCUGUGCGAGUGCCUGCGCCGCGCCUUCAUCUACCGCCAGCCAUCCCCGGUGGACGGCGUGCUUUUCAACAGGAAGCUGGGCCGGGAGGUAGGGCAGGUUGCCAAGCAACAGGUGGCUAGCCUGGACUCGGACAAACCCGUGCUGGGCUUCAGGGCCACCGAUGAGAGGCUCUUCGCCCUCACCUCCGGUAACCUCUUUGUGCUAAAGGUUAAUAAUAAUUAAAGAUGGAUGCAGAGCAGUCUGGAAAAUAAACGUGCAUUCCCUCAGACAGAAAGUGUCAAAUGUCUGCUUAGUCCAGGGGUGGAACAACUCAGAUUUGAUCAUAAUCUAAAUGAUUUUUUGUCAUAUCGUUCUGAACUAAUUUAGUGAAUAAUUUUUUGAAUAACUACACAUAUAGAUAUAGCUAGACAUAUAUAGAUAAGUAUAUACUGGAGCCAUCCCUGUUCUAUUUUCUCUCUUUUUACCAUAAAUCAUUUCACAACUCAUUUUUGUGAUUAAAUUCAUUUUAGAAAGCACAUCAAAAAAAAAAAAUUAAGAACCCCAGUGGAAUUCAACAAUUUGUGCACUACGACAAAUCUUUGUCAACUUUUCUCAAUAUUAAGUCUCAGUGGGACGGACCUCCCUACGUUGGCCACCCCUGCUAGAGUGUCUGGAAUGGACGCAUCAAAAACCAAAUCGUGCACCUCGUUCCAAAGGAGAAUAUUGAAGUCAUGAGAUGUCAUCUUGAAGUGAAUUAAGUCAACGCGCCGCCCCCGUGUACAUAUUGUAAGUCUGCGGCCACUUGGACAUACGCGUUUAUUAUUCUCCACACGCCCGCCAAUUUUCCCCCACAUUCAUAAUUUCCUGCCGUUCCUUCUUCGUCAAUUAGAUUGCUUGACGUUGCACCCCAUAGUGCUGCACCUUUGACAGUUUGUACCAAUUUGCAUGCAUUUGCAUAAACACCAUUGAUGUACUUUGACCCGAAGCUUGCUAUAUGUGGAAUAGCAAUCUUGUUUGACGCUCACUGGGAUGACACACAAGUGUUUUCGCCUUGUGCGUCAUUAUCAUGCAUGACGCGCUAUCAAUACACCACUCGAAAUGGUUACUUAUUUAGUUGUAUUAGUAAGUCUAUAUCCAAGACUAGUGUUGGGAAACAUGUUACUUCAAGUCAGCAGUUUUUGCUGAAGAUUAUGGGGUGCAAAGUCCUCUUUGAUCCUGUUUUUUACGCCAACGUUCAUUCUAUGAUAUACAUAUUUAGCUUUGAUUAUUGACAUACAUUAUGAAAGACAAGUUUCCUGUGUGUGGCUUUGUCAUUUUUUGAGCUGUUCUCAUUCAUCCACUAAAUCCUGCAGAAAAUAGUCCGUAUCCUCACUUUUGGUUCUUUUCGUUUUGCCUCUUCUUUUUUUUUUUUUUUUUUUUUUUUUUUUUUUUUUUUUUUGAUCGCCCCCCCUCGGGCAGGGGGUGGUAGGUUCUGUGGAAAAAACACGCAUAAUGUCAUUAACGGCGUACAAUUGAAUUUCCCCUUCCUGCCUUUUUUUAUUAGCAAGCCUAAAGCAGACGUGCAAGGAGGCCUUCAGAGUCAACAGGUCGCCUCUCGCUCAUUUCGCAUGAAAAGUUGCGGCGGCGCAAUUCCUAAUAAAGUUCCGGCACGUCAUCCA